AUGGACAGUGCUCUGUUCUUUGCAAGAGCUAUACUAUCGCGAGCAAAACCUUUACAUAGACCAGAUAGCUCUUCUCUGCCACUAUCUGACAACAUUCAAACGUGGUGGCGCGUUCAUACUCGUCGCCAUUCGCGUGAGGAAGGAACAACAUGUGGCAUGAACCAGUUCAUGACAGACGACGUUAAGUUGUUGAUAAAAACGGUGACGGGCUCGAGUAUUUCACAAAAUUGA